AUGUCACAAACCGUCCUCAAUAUUCAAAUCUCGCUUGAUCCGGGAAGCAACCAGCAGGCGCAGGGCCAGGCAGAGGGUGGUGAUGCUGCAGCACAGGAUCUGCGUCACCAAGCUGAUGGUGCGCAGAUAUUGAUCGUGGACCGGGAUCAUUGGGGUGAGCAGCGGUCAGCAUUGCGGUCCAGCGCGACGAGACAAGGGAUUCGUCUAGAAAUGAAGGGAUUGAAGCUGGGCUUGGAGUUCUGCAAGAAUGAGGUAUGCGGAAUGCAGGGGAGGCAAAAUGUGGAGAAGAGAAUUGGUGAAGUUGGGGCUUGGCUUCCGACGUCAUGGGAUGCCGCGAGGUUCCAUGGUCCACCUCAGCCCGACCAUCAAACAUUAUCGGAUGUUCACCCAGGUGAAGAUUUCGGAUUUGCGGGCGCAUUUGCCAUGUAUGCGACGAGUUUGACCCGAUAGCAAAGUAGGGUUGGUAUGCAGCUACCCUAACGCCGCCAAACAAGUCGAUCGGCGCAUGGUUGAAACAUACUUACAGGAUGAAAAGGACAAAGAGAGAAGAAUUUAUUUCAGAUCAAAGGUUAAAUAAAGCAUAAAUAUUCGCCAACACAUGGGUCUCACAACUGGAAAC